CUUCUCGAAUAGAAAUGGUUCUUUGAUCUUAAGUCUCUUUCUGCUUAAGAGAUAUUUUAAGUGAGAAUUUUCACAAAAGCCUUGUACAAGUUCGCUGAGCCUUUCAUAAGAACGACGACAAGAGAUAGAAUUGUCUAUGGUAAAGUCGGGAGUUUUUGUAUCUAUUUGGGUGAAGGCCCGGAAUAUUUCUCGUCGAUUGAUUUUGUCGAUAUUGAGGAUUGAGAGCCCGCUAGUUUUUAAUUCAAAGGCAUAUUCGUAUUUCGUAAUUAUUUAUUACAACAAACAUCCGUCAAUUAUUUGCCAACCAUAAUAACUUCCAAAUACUGUCCUUGAGCCUUAGCGGUUACAUUGGCAUUUGCAAGCAAGGUACUCUGACUAACGUAUUCCACAAUAUUUCCACGAGCAACUGCCGGGCUUGGUGCCUCACAAGGUAGUGUACAUUGUAGCUGAAGGCGAGACAAUUUUCCAUCUUUACGGCAUUUAGAUGUACAUGCGUACCCACCAAAAUCGGCACUUGGGAAAUUUUUCAAAAUUGAACAUAAUGCAGCUAUUGGUUCGGUGAAUGGUGUGAGAUUUGGAUUGUCGUCUGGAUUCGCGGGACCAAGUAGGACAAAUGUUAACAAAUCAUAUUGAUGGACGCACACAUGCGUCACACUGCGGAGCCAAUUCUUAUGGUUGACAUAAUCGCGAAUGCAUUUGCAAAGUGUAUCUAUGGUGAGGUGAAUUUGUUUUUAACUUGAAGAUUUCGAUUUUAUACGCAACACGCUGAGGUGCAUCACCUGCAUUUUCGCCUUGUGCAACAGUCGCAGUGAAACGAAUGUCCCAUCUGCUAUAUUCGUCUUGACUGACGGAUACAUCGCAUCUAUGACUACAAACUUUGCCAAUCAUGAAAUAAUUUGCCAUAUUCGCAAACAGCUCAAUUUCAGGAUCGGUUUUAUGCAUAUUGUGUCCAUACAACAGGAAACUAAUCGCAAAGAAUAUUCGAAGUGUUAAUUUAGUCAUCUUCUGCAAGUUGCUUGCUUCGUACUGAAAAUUCCUAUGUGAACAGCCAUCAAUAAAUCUAAAAAUCACGACAGUGUUUUCCGUCACCUUGGCCAACUGCAGAACAUCAAAGUCGUGAAUGUUGUGACUUUGACGAUUCUUGCAACGUCCAUGUGUUUCUGAUGGUCAUGAAAAUACAAUUUUAUGAGCGAAUUCGUGAUAUCUUUCGUACAACAUUGUCAUAGUCACAGAGGCGAAUUUCUGAUAUUUUAGAAAAUCAAUUGUCAGCGUUCAGUGGUUGAAUCACAUUCUAGCUGGUUACCCAAUACAAUCACUCGAUUGGAACGGAGGCUUUAAAAACUUAGGGCACUUGAAUGUUAAACAAACUACUCGGAACAGUACACGAGCGCAGCGAACUCCCUUUCCCGGUUUUUCUUUUCGCUAGAGUCAUCAAAACAAAAUGCUAUGUAAUUUACCCCUCUGAAUUUUCGACCUGUCCUUAACUUGUUUUCUUUUUACACGAAUGCAUCCCUGUUGAGUGAUGCUACUAAGCAAAGUGUGCAUAUAAGAGACAAUUUUUUUUUUGAUAUUGGUUUAUUCGGCUACGAUUCGCCGACGAUACCUCCAUUAAAUUUUUGUUGCUGCCUCGAAUGUUCAACAUUUAACUUUCGCUAGAGAAAUAAAUUCUAAAAACAAAAUGUCCACGAUAAACGGAAAUGGUGUGAGUCCAGUAGCUAUCAUCAACAGUCAGAAUGUUCGAAUGAAUAAGGAAAAGGAUUGGAACGACUCAUCCGGACCAACUAUAAAAUAUACCAGCUUCCCAAGCUUUUUUCAUUAUCCAACGGAUUGGACCAAUACUCUGAGUCCAGAGGAACAACGAAAGGGAUUCGUAGAGCCCCAUGGCUAUAUUUCGCGAGUGAAUGUAAGAGAUGGGGUGAUUGGAGAUGCCUGGAUGAAAUUAGACAGUUCGUCACUGAACUCGAGAUUGGACCUUAAAGUCCUCUCUUCCGUUCGAUCGUCAGUUUCACCAAUUAAAGGAAAUGUCUAUUGGUGCGCUGAAGACAAAUUGGGCAGUUUGACAGCAGAAGACGAUCGCCUGUGUUCACUCAAAAAUUACAUUCCAGAUCGACAUAGGGACAAACCUAUUCUUCAGCUUUCACCUAUCGGAAGGCACUCGGAAGAAGUUGGAUGUUAUGCCAAUGUGUGCAUAGACAAUUCCUUUAUAACACAUGUUCCAUACAUGGGAGUCAAAGAAGUUGAAAUCAUUUACGAUGUUUUGGUUGGCAGAGAAGGUAGUGGAGAAUGGGUAGAAAGAGAUUUGAAGAAAUGGUGCAAAAACGAGUCACUAUUGGAAAAACAUCUUACCUUCGGUCGGUUCAUUGUACUUCCGGUAAAAAUAUUCGUUCCAGCGGAACUGUCUUUGAUGUGGAAUGACACUUUUGCGGCACGUUUAACGAGUUGGUUUUCAGAUAACCUUAGCAGCAUUGAGGACGCUGAUGAUUUAGUGGGUAUAGUCUACAUAACAGAAGGGAAAAUUUGCAUCAACAUCAAAUCGUCAGGACUUAAACCGUUCCAUUUAAGCGAAAUAGAACUCGGUCAAAUCUCGACUGAAACUACAAAAUCUUGGCCAGCUCACAUAUUAAAACAUCGUAUUCUACUUGUUGGUGCUCCAUCUGUAGAUAGUCUGAAACCAAGUCCCAUUGCCGAAGUGAGAAUGCUGCAAACCGAAUUGGCUAAGUACACAUCUACCCUUCGACAAAUCGAUCAAAUUAAAGCCAUGGGAAUUUGGUGUUUUGAGCGGGUUAUUCAAAUGUACACGGCACAGCGAGAUGGCUUCACUUCGGAAUCGUCUCCAUUUGUAGUACACAAAGUGGACUACUCGAAAGUCUUUCGCCCCAAACCGAACGACAUCCAAGAAGACAUGUGCAAAGGAUCUGGUCUGCCAAUCGUAAAUGGAAAUCCACAAUACGAUGCCAUUUGCGAUGGUCUCUUGCUGAAGGGAAUUUCUCGAUCGCCGAUGAAUAUUGCAAAUUCACUUCAAUACAAUCGCUUUGUUUUUGGUAAAGAUCUGGGAACACCGUUGUCUGUUGUUGAUUCUCUAUUCCUUUUCGAUUAUGGCGGUGACUGGACAAUGCCAACAGUUCGGACGUGGCUGUACGGACUCGGAUGUAAAAUAGCUGAAAUUCAUGCUGUCGGUUCGAAUGGAGAAAAGUCUCUUAUUGAAGCAACCGUUCUGAGCUACGAAACUAUCAGAGCUAAGAAAAGAUAUGAAGAUUCCAUGCGUCGGUCGAACGUUAAAUUGGAGUACGUUUGUGUUUGGAAAGACUUUAAGGAAUUGCUUCACUAUCGUAUUCUGGAUGCUGUUUUUGUGAAAUCAACAAUACUGAGUUCACUUGAUGAAGAGGGCUACUAUGUCGUUGGAUUUGCCACGGUGGUACACGAUCUCGGUGAUUAUGGCUAUGACAUCAGCAUCUGCGAAUGCUCAGGAAUGUUAUAUACAUUAGGUGCAGUCGAUGGUACCUAUGAGAGUAUCGAACAUGCGUACGCUGUAACGCUGGCAGGUAUUCGUUACGUUUCGAAAGUUCAUAGAUACACCGUUAGCGGACUCACACUAGCUUCAACGCACUAUUGGCAAAUAUGUAACGGCCGUCACCGGUUCUUGAACUGUGCUAUGAGUGUGGCAGAACAUAGGCACCCGAAACAAUUGCCGGUUAACGGAACACUUUUGGAUACAAUUUGCAACAGAAAGCGGGAAGAGUAUUUGAUUCCGUCGCCGGAACAUGAUCACGAUACGUGCGUUCGAAUUUAUACGAGCCUAAGUGUAAGAUGUAGCGCCCGUGGACAUGCAUUCCCAACACUUCUGCGGGCACUUGUCGCUCGGCCAUAUGAAAGAAUUUACAAGAAAACGUUGGAUAAAAUCGAUGAUCUUGCGGAAGUGGACUGUAUGUCAAGCAUAUUCGAUUGCGUUUGUGUAGAUGCUGCGGAUGAUGCUAUCGAUCUACUAUGGGACAUUGCAUGCUUUAUGUGGGACGAGACGGCGAUAAUGUGGCAUACAUUAUUGGGCAGUUUAUUGGUGGUUAGUCAACGAAUGAUAGCUGAUGAUUCGGCGGGAUUUGGAUAUUCGGACAGGCCAUGGCAGAGGGAAAAUUGAUGUGAACAAAUAAAAUGGUUCGUCUUUUUGAUCAAAAUGAUUUUUUUUUUAAUACAA